AUGGAGAUUUUUUUUUUUGCUUUUCAAGAUUUUAAUAGCGAGUUAUUUGGUUUUCAGGAUUUUGAUAAUGAUUUAUUUACAACUUCUGGUGUACUGCUUGGCACUGGCGCUCUUCUGGUAUACGGUGGCGUUCUGCGUUAUUUCGGCUUCUUUUCAAAAUAUAAUAUAUUAAUUUUGACGCUGAAGAAAUCACUCCCAAAUAUUCUUCGUUUUAUGUCCUGCACAGCAGUACUGUACGCUGGUUUUCUGAUUGCUGGUUGGGUCAUCAUUGGACCGUACAGUCUAAAGUUCCGUACAUUGGGACAAUCAUCGGAAGCGUUAUUUUCGCUAUUGAAUGGUGAUGAUAUGUUUGCGACAUUCUUUACAAUUAACGAAACGAAUACAAUCGUUCGAAUAUUUGGCACAAUCUAUAUCUAUCUGUUUGUUUCACUGUUCAUUUAUGUUGUCCUCUCACUAUUCAUUGCGAUUAUUAUGGAUGCUUAUGAAGUAAUCCGGGAUCGUUAUCGAAGUCAAGAAAUUGAGGAGCCAUCGUUAUUGCAAUUUUUGGCUGCUGGUCAACAUCCGGACCCAACGAAUGAUGCGGAAGCAAGAUUUCAGUAUUCUUCAAAAAAUUUGCUCAGACUA